AUGAAUGUUUCACUGCCACCACAUGGCCCAAAAUACAGACUUUGGGCUUACUUGAUCGGCCACUCUAGCAGGGGCACAGCUUGUAGGCGGGGGGCAUGGGAACACUCGUGUAUGGUGACAAGACUCCAAUAUGCUCACAAUGACAGGUUUACAUUACCCUGGCUUGCAGCUAAAUUUUCCCAUGUGAUAAAGUUGGGGGCGUAUGUGUGGUGGAGAUUAAAAGGGGACUUGCUUGAGGAGUUUAUUGGGGAGGUAAAGGUUGUCGCGUGUCAGGGUAGCAGCGUGGCGGAGGUUCACAAUUUUGACACCAUCAAGCGAGAGAGUAUUGGUGGUAUAGGGUCGAAGUGUGAUUUUAUGGCUUGUGCUGACGAAGGUUCGCAAAGACUCGACGAGGUAGAAAAGCAACAUUGUUUGGAUUGCUGGAGUGGCACAGUGUGGAUUGCCAAUGCCUUGGGCAACCCCCUAAUUAUUGAUAAUUUAGGCCCAGAACCACACUGUGUCACUGGAUCAUUUGGUAAUGAACAUAGUGGUGUACUGAGAGGUGACCCAGAAGAUGGAGCAGUUUUUUGCACAAAAGGAAAGACUUAUGAGGUCCGAGAAGCAGAAACAUCAAAUUCUUUGGUGUUAGUGCCGCAGCUGUCCUUCGCAGAUAGUCUGGAGAAAUCAGGGGAGCGGAAGAUUCAGAAUAGUCAAGUUUGUGGCAUCCAUUACACAUAUUUAGAACUGAGACCAUGCAAACCGCGUAUCCAGAAGCUCCGUGUGCUAUUAGCAGAGAGGCCCUACUCUGGACCAGAUGCUCAGGAAGAGGAAGGAGAUGGCCAGAAAUAUUGUUGGAAUGACCUGCUUGACCGCAUCCAGUGCAGUGAGGAGGAACUGGAUAAAGCACUCUUAGAGAUGGAGGCUUAUCACUUAUAUGGAUUUUGGCAAGUCCUGGAGUUUGAUUAUAGAUUCAAAGUUGUAUCCCACAUUCUCAAUUUAAUUGAAGAGAAGAGCUUGCCCCUAGAUGGAAUUCCUCGCAUUUCAACCAUUAAGGCGCUUAGUGAGCUUGAACCCCGUCCUGUAAUUACACAGUGUUUUGAUUACUAUUUGAAACCUACAGGUGUUGACACAGAUGAUGGUGACUCGUUUUAUACUUUGAUUGAUGACAAAAUAUGCCGUAUCUGUGCUGAGGUCCUCCUCAAGCCUGCAGGGAAGUUUAACUUGAGCGAAUUCCUUAGUAUUUGGCAACAGAGUGUUCCAGAAGGUCUUACAACAAACCUAAGUCAAUUGGAAGGUCUGGCACUGGUUGACCGAUCUUCAACACCAGAAGUGAUAUCACAUUUCCCUGUAUCCAGUAUGCCACAAGAUAUACACGAGAGAUUUAGUUAUCUCUUUGAAACUCGAGAGAGGUGGACGCUGGAUGAAAUCAGACCCUAUGUUAUGGACUUGGCUGGUGAGAAGACUCCAGUUAAUGCUAUCUUGACGAAAUAUGCAAGAGCCUCUACGCAGAAUGGUAUCAAGUAUUAUUCAGGAAAACACGCUAGAUAGACCAAUUUACAUAUUGAAUUUAUGAUUUCUUUCUUUCUUGUUCUUCCGGUAAAGUGUACAAUAGUAUUCAUAGUACUUCAACAAUGCCAAUUAUGUUUGCAUUUAAUAGCAUUGCUACAUGAAGAGAUGGGAAGAUAUUUUGUUGCAAGAGAUAGACAACUAACAAUAUAUAUUUUUUCUAAUGAUGCAAAAAAUAUCUAAAUUACAAACACACGAAGCUUAAGAAAUAUAUGCACUAAUAUACUUGGGCCUUUGUUAUAAAAUACUUAUAAUUUUG